AAAGCAGGCUCCCAAACAUUCUUCCUCGCUAACACCAACACCACAUCAUUGAUUUUUCAUCAUCGACAACGUACUCCAAUAUGAUCUCGAAGUUGGCUUUCUUUUUCGCAUUUGCCCUAAUUGCGGCUUUGCAAACAAAUGCCUUUCCCACUUCAAAUGACGAUCAACUAAAAUUGAUUCGCAAAGACGUUGGGGUUGAGCAAAGUCUCAACGACCUUACUCGUCGCGAUGACGCCUUCUACGUUCAAUUUUGUGAUGCAUCAGAUUCUUGCACUUCUCCACUGUACAACUUCCAAGACGUUUGCUACAAUCAACCCAACAAGACAAAAAUCAAAUUUCACAAACCUAGCGGUACGAUCACUUUGGGUACAUAUUACCUCGCAAGCUAUUCUGCUGCUGGUUGCUUGACCGCAAACAAGAUCGCUUGUCAAGCUUUAGGUGUCAGUGGUAUUGAUGGCACGAAAACCAUUGAUAUCAAUAGUCCUGGUUCGUACUACAAGAUCAAUGUUGCUGGCCCUUACAAAAAGCGUAAUGAGUUGAACGAAGGCGAAAGUGUGCCAUUAGAAAAGCGUGAAGAUUGCGGACAAUAAUCUGUAGCUCACGUAUCACACAUUGCACGAUUUCCUCGUCGGAUGAACGUGAUUGCCAUUCAUUUUAGCUCUGAAACUGUCUUGUGUAACGAAUAAAGUUGGAGUCUAUCCAUACUUUGCGACAGUAUAGCUGAG